GGAAGAAGGGGAGGGAAGGAGGAAGAGAGAGGGAGGAAGGAAGGAAGGAGGCUGCAUUCGGCAGCUACCUCCGGCAGCUAGAGCCAGAGCAGCUGACAGUCACCGCGGGAGAGGCUCGCAAUGUCCUCGGCAACUUCCACCGCCUCUUUACCCAGCGGCCUGGCUGUCCUGACGACUUUCCCAGAUGUGCUCUUCAUCCCUGAAAUCAUCUUUGGGGGCCUUGUCUGGAUCCUGGUGGCAUCCUCGAAGGUCCCGGUACCCAUCCUGCAAGGCUGGGUGAUGUUUGUCUCUGUGUUCUGCUUCGUCAUGUCCACCACCCUCCUGUGCCUCUACAUCUGUGGGGCCCAUGGGGGCAGCAGCUCCUGGGUCACCUUGGACAUCAUCUGCCAGGAGACAGCAGCUCUGUUCUACCUCAGUGCUGCCGUGCUGGAAGCCUACUUCACCUAUAGCGUCAGCACGCUUACCGAUCCUGUGGGGAUGACCAUCUACCGGGAGAACAUUGCUGCUGUGGUAUUCGCAUUCGUAGCUACCCUGAUGUACGUGAUCCAUAAAGUGUGCUCGCUCCUGCGAUGGAAAUCAUCCUAAGAGCCUCCCCUCGCAAGUGUGUCUUGUGGUCACCCCAUCAGCAUGAAAGUUGUUCAACGAAUGCAGUUUCCAGGCUGGGUUUGGGUUUGGGUUUUUAAUGUGUAUGCUAUAAACAAGCAGCUUUUUAUGUGGGACCAUGGCAAUGAAGACAAAGAACCUGCCAGGGAAAGCUAUAUCCUGGCACAAUCUGUUUCCCUUCAGUCUCUUCUGGGUUGGGUAAAGUUUGAUGCUGGUAAUAGGGACCCAAAUAAAAAAACAUCCAGCUUUAGAAAGAAUAAUAUAGCUGGGUUCAGAGCGCUAAAAUCUCCCUGAACCACACCUUUAUGCCUCCAGGGUUGUUAUUGCUACCAGGGGAAGCCUGAACAACCAGCACUAAGGAGCAUGAGUAUGAAACGGGGUCAUUUUAACUGCCACCCAUCCAUGUAAGCCUGUUUCCUUCCCUAAACCUGCUGUGCCAAAAGAAUGUUUUCAUGCAGUUUCUGGAAAUGCCAUCUCUGACUUGUGAUGAGAAACAGGGGCAAUAUUUAACUUGCUUCAGGGGCAAUAUGAGUUAUUGCAACCCCUGAAGGGUAUUGCUGAAUUAUGAGGCACAACCAUAAUGCCAGGAAUUACCACUGUCUUUAAUCCCCCUACAAAAUGCAAUUUAGAAGGUGGGCAGUAGACUGUAGGAGAAUUGUAUGGAUUAUUAGAAUAACCUCUUGAAUAAGCAGAGGCAAUCAGCUCUUGUCUUUGGUGCACAGCUUCUCUCACAUACACCAGCAGUAUGUCACUAAUAAAGAUGGGUUUGCUCUGAUUUUGCAAAUAGAUGAGUCAUUUCUGCUAUUUUGCCUUUGCCACACACAGGUACGCAAGCCCUGUACAGCCUCAGGAGCACUGCGCUCUAACAAGGCAGCGUGUAAGGAUGAGACACGGAUUUGGGCAUGAAUGAAUGAGAGGCCUUUUCUGGCGAGGGGAGCCUGGGGGGCUCUGUAGCCAGGGCCAGGGCACAGACCAACUCAGGUUAAUCUCAGUGAUGAGGUUCAUCUGAAUUCUUAAAUUACUCCAGAGCGUUAACUUGAGUGAGUGUGCUGGGUUUGGCUGGGAUAGAGUUAAUUUUCUUCACCCUAGCUGGUAUGGGGCUGAGUUUUGGAUUUGUGCUGGAA